ACGCUGGUCCACAGGAGACCAGUCUCGGAGGCGUGGAGACUGGUCUCUGACGAGCGCAGCUGGAAUUGGAGAAGUUGGCGGUGAGAAAAGGUGCAGUCGAGAGUCAUGUGAUGAUCUACACUGGUGUAAAGGAACUCUUAUCUGAACAGUUCCUUAUCGACUGCAGCCCCUUCAAAAAUGGUUGCGGAGACGCUUCUCUGUUGAAAUCAUAUUCGCAUAUAGUAACCCAAUUGGGCGGGAUACUCCGCGACAAUGACUACUAUCCAUACGAGAACGGCCAAAACAACUGCAGAUGGUCAAGACCUGAGCAUAACUUUGUAAAUGUUCUACCAGUUCCGGUGAUUGGCUUCCGAAGGGUGAACUCUGAUGAAGACUUGAUGGCAGAGUGGCUGUAUAGAUAUGGACCGGUAACUGCAGGGAUAAACUCCGCAUCUAUGGCUAGAUACAAGGGAGGUAUCGAUGAACCACAAGAGGAAUACUGUGACCCAGAGACACCGAAUCAUUCUGUCUUGAUCGUGGGAUACAACGAAUAUGUGCCACAAAACCCAAAGGAGCCCCGAGUCAAGUACUGGAUAAUAAAGAACUCGUGGGGCAAAGAGUUCGGGGACAAAGGCUAUUACUACCUGGUGCGCGGGCGCAACGCGUGCGGCAUCGCCAACGAUGUGUCUUUGCCUUUUGUGCAAUAAAAAACAUACUUAAUGGUAUUGGGAACCUCUAUUAAAAUAUGGGCGUAAAUAAAAUAUAUUUCUUCCUUUUUAAA